AUGUUGGAGGAUUGGGAGGGAAGAUGUAUCAGGUUCCCACGUAGAGUUGCGGGACAGUACAUACAGGUCAGGUUCCCACACAGUGGCGGGACAGUACAUAUACGUCAGGUUCCCACACAGUGGUGGGACAGUACAUAUAGGUCAGGUUCCCACACACAGUGGUGGGACAGUACAUUUAGGUCAGGUUCCCACACAGUGGUGGGACAGUACAUACAGGUCAGGUUCCCACACAGUGGUGGGACAGUACAUAUAAGUCAGGUUCCCACACACAGUGGUGGGACAGUACAUAUAGGUCAGGUUCACACACAGUGGUGGGGCAGUACAUACAGGUCAGGUUCCCACACAGUGGUGGGGCAGUACAUACAGGUCAGGUUCCCACACAGUGGUGGGGCAGUACAUAUAGGUCAGGUUCACACACAGUGGUGGGGCAGUACAUACAGGUCAGGUUCCCACACAGUGGUGGGGCAGUACAUACAGGUCAGGUUCCCACACAGUGGUGGGACAGGACAUACAGGUCAGGUUCCCACACAGUGGUGGGACAGGACAUAUAGGUCAGGUUCACACACAGUGGCGGGACAGUACAUACAGGUCAGGUUCACACACAGUGACGGGACAGUACAUACAGGUCAGGUUCCCACACAGUGGUGGGGCAGUACAUACAGGUCAGGUUCCCACACAGUGGUGGGGCAGUACAUACAGGUCAGGUUCCCACACAGUGGUGGGACAGAACAUACAGGUCAGGUUCCCACACAGUGGCGGGACAGUACAUACAGGUCAGGUUCCCACACACAGUGGUGGGACAGUACAUUUAGGUCAGGUUCCCACACAGUGGUGGGACAGUACAUAAAGGUCAGGUUCCCCCACAGUGGUGGGACAGUACAUAUAGGUCAGGUUCACACACAGUGGCGGGACAGUACAUACAGGUCAGGUUCACACACAGUGACGGGACAGUACAUACAGGUCAGGUUCCCACACAGUUGCGGGACAGUACAUACAGGUCAGGUUCCCACACAGUUGCGGGACAGUACAUACAGGUCAGGUUCACACACAGUGGUGGGACAGUACAUACAGGUCAGGUUCACACACAGUGGUGGGACAGUACAUACAGGUUAGGUUCCCACACAGUGGAGGGACAGUACAUACAGGUCAGGUUCCCACACAGUUGCGGGACAGUACAUACAGGUCAGGUUCACACACAGUGACGGGACAGUACAUACAGGUCAGGUUCCCAGAGAAAGUGACUAGUGCUACUGGUACUCUUCUUCAUAUGAUCAUGUAAUAGCCCAGUAUCAAAUAAUGGCACACACCAUUGUGAAAUUAAGGAUAAAAAUCAAACUAUGUAAUUGAAAGAUUUCUAGAUUUUUUUUUACUAUGCAUAUCUACCGGUAUCUACAAAGAUUUUAUGACUGUUUAUUUUAAGGUUUUAUGAUGCAAUUAUUUUUAUCCAAGCUAAAUUUUAGUAAACUCAAUCAUAUAAAGGGCGAUAACUGCUGCUUAUGGAAAAAUAAGACAAUUUCAAAAUGUAUUCUCUAAUAAUAAAUGCAAAUGAAAAUAUGGUGAUAAAAAAUUCAGGACUCCAUCAGUGAUACAUUGAUUAUAUGCAUAAACAAUUUUUCACCAAAUCAAAUGUGGAGGUGAACACAUUAAUAUGUAUGCAUGGGACGUUAUGUGCAAUUUGAUAUCAAGAUGCUUACUAUUUAUUAUGUAAUUUAAUGUUUCAGAGAUCUUUUAUCUCUACAGUUGUUGAAAUAUUUUUAUGAAUGAAAUUAUUUAUUACAUGAAGUGAUGAUUUGUGCAUUAAUUCAUUGAAUUAUAUCAAACUGUUAAACUACAACUAUGUAUACGUGCUGUCAUUAAUUUAUUUUGUUAUGUUUGAUUUUUUGCAUUAGUCAAAUGUUGACAUCCUUCAAAAUAUGCAAUUCAGAAAGUGAAUCAUGCUGCAAAUUCUUCAGUGUCCUGUAAUCUUUGGUCCUGCGUAUGACUUGUUAUAAAAGUUAAUCAAAUGGCACAACCAAUUUUAUGAUAAUCCUGCUCUGUAUGCGAGGCAAUUACUACUGUACUAGGGCCGUGUGAAGGGUGUGGCUCACACAAGCGACUUCUAGUUUGACCUUCACCUCAAAUCUCCAGUUUCAUAGCAAGGAUAGGAUACAAGACACCUAUAUAGAUAUAUGUUAAAAUCAAAUAAAAGUUAUCAAAUUAUUAUUUAAUGUAAUUUUUCUUCAACGACUUGAAAAAUGAGGCAAAGUCUCAGUUGUAUUUAAACAUACAGGAAUAAGAUCCAUGUCAUGUUUCGUUAUCCUUAUCAAAUGUAUUCCAUCAAUUUGUUAUGUUUAAGGUGAUACUGCUAAACAUGAUAUGUAUACUACCUGUGUGAAAUAUCUAUUGUCAUACCUAAAGUUUGUCAUUUUACCUGUAAGGUAUUCUACUCCUGGGGUUGUUGAUUGUGAAUAAACUUAUGAAAUACCA